AAGUUUAGGCGCUGACAUAACACGGCGGCCUUGGCGGGCCAUCCGCAGUACCAAGACAUCUCUCAUGCGUUAACCACGGUGUGAGCACAUAACCACGUUCUUUCCCUCCUCAACACUGCCUCCUUAAAUAUCUUAUAUCAUAUAUAUUAAGUUCUAGUUUUCAUCGCUUUCAAGUCACCUUACAAUGCUCUCCUCAUCGACACUCGCACUGUCCUACCUUCUCAUUGUCUUACCAAACGUUUUUGCUGCCCCUCAUGUAGUCCCGGCUGCUGGCCAGUCCAUCCCCCUCAUACGAAGAACUCAACCUGAACGAACCGUCGCCGACUGGGAAUUGUGGGCCAAGAAUGAACGAGAGGUCCUCACUGCCAAGUAUGGGGGAAACGUGGAGAAAAGGAGUACCGGAACAAAUUUGUUAACAAACCAGAAUGCGGAUUCAAGUUAUUACGGAACUGUGGCUAUAGGAACACCCCCAGUCUCCUUUAAUGUCAUCCUUGACACCGGCUCGGCCGAUCUCUGGGUCGCAGAUCAAGCCUGCACUACUGGCUGCUCCAAAGUCCAGUUAUUCAAUGACUUAAGCUCAUCUACUUUCCACAACCUGUCUGAGCCCUUCGACAUCCAAUACGGCUCCGGCGCUGCAGAAGGUUCAUUAGGCCAGGACGUUGUCCAGAUGGCUGGGUUCUCUGUUCCCAACCAGAUUUUUGGUACUGUCACGCAGGCGACAUCGGGCCUUCUGCAACCACCCGUGUCUGGCUUGUUGGGCUUAGGAUGGCAGAGCAUAGCUACUUCGAAAGCGACACCGUUCUGGCAGACCUUGGCAAGUUCUGGGGCUUGGUCAGAUCCUGUCAUGGCAUUUCAGCUCACGCGGUUUAUAAAUGGUUCCAACGUCAAUGCUGCGGAACCUGGCGGGUCGUUCACUAUGGGCUUUCUCAACAGCAGUCUCUACACAGGUACUAUUGAUUACCAGUCCCUUCCUACGACACCGUCUUAUUGGAUUCUACCGAUGACAUCGUUAACCGUUCAAGGAAGCUCCGUCACCAUCCCCUCCGGUUCUUCAUCCUACUCCGCCAUUGACACCGGGACCACUCUCGUCGGCGGACCCUCCAGUGCUAUCCAAAACAUCUUCGCUCAAAUUCCAGGCUCACAGGCUGGCACAGGCAACUGGCAGGGAUAUUGGAUGUACCCCUGUAACACCGCCGUCCACGUUAGCAUCUCAUUCGGCGGACCCAGCUGGCCCAUCUCCCCCGCCGACUUCCAGCUCACAAAGAUCAGCUCUUCCCAAUGCGUCGGUGCGUUCUUCGAACUGAACACAGGUGGAAGUGCACCAAAUUGGAUCGUCGGCGACACUUUCCUCAAAAAUGUUUAUUCGGUUUUCCGGUAUAACCCGGCUGCUGUGGGUUUUGCUGCGCUCUCGAAUACCGCGACUGCUAUGAACGGGGUCAAUGCUGCUCCUCCUUCGCCUACUAUUGGUUCGAUCUCAGCUAGCGCGACAGCGGGUACAGGUGGAAGUAAUGCUGCCUCUUCCCGUUGGGGUGUUCCAUGGGCACCGCUUGUGGGUGGUGUUUUUGUUGCUCUCGGCGCUGCAUGGAUGUGAAAUGGCUUGCAUGGUUUUCGAUUACGAAACUUGGCCAGGGACUA